AUGGAAGCACCUCAGUGUAAUAAGGAUUAUUUUUUUUGCCUCAUUCUUCUUGCUAAUAUGACUGUCCAUUCGAUCGCUGCCGCCGCCGCCGCUCAUAUUGUCAUCCCGGAUGUUGUCUUUAUCAAUGCUCGCCUUGUUCCUAUGUUACUGUCUUCUAAUCCGGAAGUACUACAACGUGCUGGAUUCUUUCCUUUUCGCGAUGUGUUUUAUUCAUUCCUGUAUUUUUCUCAUCAAUUUCUUUUUCUCUUUUUUCUCUUUUUUUUCGAUUUGUUUUUUCCUUUUUUUCCCUUAAUCGUUUUUCUUUUUAUUAUGAGACCACUCUUUUAUUCGUUAUUUAUCUUUAGACACCUCCCCCUUAUCUUCUCAUUCAUUUUAUUCCUCUAUCCUUCUUCUUCUUCUUCUUUCUUUCUUUCUUUCUUUCUUUCUUUGUAUUUCCGUUCGUCUUUAAUUCCUUUCCUUCUUUCUUUCUUUAUUUUCUCGUUUUCCUCUAUUUCCUUUCCCUUUUUUUACCUUCUCACACCAUUUCUUUUUUUUUUUUUCGUUUUCUCUGAUAUCAUUCUAAUUCAUUCAUUCAUUCAAUCAUAUUUAAGUUUUCAUUUCUCUUUCGCUUUCUUUCUUUUUUCUUUCUUUCUUUUUCCCUCUUACCUUCUUUUUCGUUCUUUCCUUUUCCUCUUUCAUUCUUUCUUUUCUCGGUUUCUUUUAUUAUUCUUUUUCCGUCUUUAUUUCCUUUCCUUCUUUCUUUCCUUCAUUCAUUCUUUCUUUCUUUCUUUCUUUUGUCGGCUGCUUUUAUUAUUUCUCACUUUCAUUCAUUCUUUGCCCUCCUCCUCCUCCUCCUCCUUCUUCUUCUUCUUCUUUUUCUUCUUUUUCUUCUUCUUCUUUCGGUCCUUCACCAUCUUUCUUUGCCUUUCUCCUACUUUUAUGAUAGUAUCUCCCCUCUCGAUCUAUCUAUCUAUCUAUCUAUCUAUCUAUCUAUCUAUCUAUCUAUCUAUCUAUUCGAUUCAUAUAUCUCUCUAUAUAUGUAAUUCUCUACUUAUCUAUCUAUCUAUCUAUCUAUCUAUCUAUCUAUCUAUCUAUCUAUCUAUCUAUCUAUAG